AUGGAUAGUGUACUUUCACCAUAUAUUGGAGAGAAGAAUCCAAAAGAAAUAAACCAAUUAGUAUUAGAUCAAAGAAGGAUACCAAAACUCUCGGAUUUAAAAGAUUUAACAGAAUUGGAGAUUUUGUCAUUAAAUGGUUGUAGCCUUCAAUCAAUUGAAACUUUACCAAUAUUUUCAAAAUUAAGAAAAUUGGAAUUAAAUGAUAAUAGAAUUUCAGGUGGAUUAUCAGUAUUAUCAGAUUUUGAAAAAUUAGAAUCAUUAAGUUUAAGUGGAAAUCAAAUUAAAACUUUAGGAGAUUUAGAACCAUUAGGUAACUUACAAUCACUUCAAUUUUUAGAUUUAUUUGCUUGUCCUGUAACACUCUUACCAAAUUAUUCAAAAGAAUUAUUCUCCAUGAUAAAAUCAUUAGUUGCAUUGGAUGGUUAUGAUAUAAAUGGAAAAGAGAUUGAGGAUGAUGGUGAUGAUGAAGAUGAGGAUGAAGAUGAAGAAGGCGAUGAAGAUGAUGAUUUUGUAGAUGAUGGCGAUGAAGAAGAUGAUGAAAGAAAUGGUAGUGUUGCACAUUUAAAUGGUAAAUCAUCUGUAAAAAGUACUCAUGCAAAUCAUAAAUACGAUAAAGAAGAAGAAGAAGAGGAAGAAGAAGAUGGUGAAUCUGAAGGAGAAUCUGAAGAAGAAAAUAACGAUAAUACAAAUACAAAUGGUCAUACUUCUGGUUUGAGUAGACCUAUAAAUAAUAUUAAUAAUAAUAAUAAUAAUAAUAAUAAUAAUAAUAAUAAUAAUAAUAAUAAUAAUAAUAAUAAUAAUAAUAAUAAUAGUGAUAUAAAUAAUAUAAAUAAUAUAAAUAAUAUAAAUAAUAUAAAUAAUAGUGGUAAGCAGCCACAUAUGAAUAAUAUUAAUAAUAAUAAUAAUAAUAAUAAUAAUAAUAAUAAUAAUAAUAAUAAUAGUAAUAAUAAUAAUAAUAAUAAUAAUAAUAAUAAUAAUAAUAACAAUAAUAAUGAAGACGACGAUAAUAGUGAUGAAGAUGAUAAUUCCGAUGAUUAUUCAGCAAAUGAUAAUGAAACAACACAUCAAAAUAUAGGAAAUCGCAAACUUUCAACAACAACAACAACAACCACCAAUACACCGCCACCUCCAACAACUACCACCACUACAACUACUACAACCACCUCUUCAAUGUCAUAUAAAAGUGUAAAUUCUACAACAUCAAAUAAUAAUAAUAACCCACAAUCACCAAAUUAUAAUUCAGAAUCAGACUCUGAUUCAUCAGAUUAUUCAGACGACGAUAAUAAUAACAGCACAACAAAUAUAAAUAUAGGAAGUAAUACUACAGGUAAAGGUACAUUUAGACAGGGUAGUAAAGAGAAAAAAAUUAGUAAACCAUAUGACAUUUUAAAUCAAAGUUAUCAUUCUGAUGAGGAUGAAGAUUAUGAACCAUCAAUGAGUGAAGAUGGUGGCGAUGAAAGUUUAGAGGACUCUGAUUCUCAAGCUGAAGAAGAAGAAGAAGAGGAGGAUGACUAUGAUCAAGAAGAAGAGGAUAAAAUUGUUGCUCAGUAUAAACAAUUAAGAGCACAAGGUAUACCUCCAAAACAUAGUAAUUCAAACGAUGAAGAUGAUUAUGAAGAUGAUUCUUUUAAUAAAAACACAACCAAACCAUAUGUACAAAAUGAAGAUUCCGAAGAUGAAGCAUCUGAUGAGGAUUAUAGUGAUAGUUUAUCUAAAAAGAGAAAAAAUGAACAAGAUGACUCGCAUCUUUCAAAGAAGAGAGCUUUUUAA